UGGUGCGAUAGUACGGUGAAUGAUAAGCAUCAUGGACGAGCCCAUGACUAGAUAUAACGCGACCCUCCCGUCCUAGAUAGCACAAACUUCUUCUGGUCCCAUAUGAUUAAACUUUCUUCUACUCCUACUUCAACCUACACAACUAUCGUCCCUUUUUUUAAAACAGCGAGCUAGCUAAGACUAUAUUCAAGAUGCCUACCUUUGAAGAUUUCGACAUUGCCCAAGCCACUGAGAUGCAGGACAAGAAGGCUGCUGCCUCUACAUCCAACUCCAAUGGCCAUGGCAACUCCAACGGACACUCCAACGGACACUCCCACGGCAAUGUCACAGACCCAAAUUCUUUGCCCAUCCCCGGAGAUGAUGAAGAAGGACCCAUCGAGGUUCCUGCCUCGAGGUCAUCCAUCUCUGAAGCCGCAAAAUACAUGCACAACUUAAGCCAGGUUCCCUCUAUGAAGGAGAGAAGAGGCUCUCGCAACUCCUUCGGCGCUUCUCUUCCCAUUCCCCGAUCUAAGAGACAAUCACGCCUAUCGUCAGUCCACUAUCCCGAUGGAGACGAGACUUUUGGCCGCCCGACACGCCCGGGUAUGCCACCCAUCCAGCCAUCUCGUGCUAUCUUGGCCUCUCAAGUGCAGAGCGUCGAAGUCGAGAAGGUCAAGAAAGCCAAGAACAUGGCUUUCGCUUUCGACAUUGACGGUGUCCUUGUCCACGGUGACCGACUCAUUCCCGAAGGACGCCGCGCUCUGGAGAUCCUGAACGGUGACAACGAACUCGGCAUCAAGAUUCCCCACAUCUUCUUAACCAACGGAUCCGGAAAGCCCGAGAAGGCCCGUUGCGAACAGCUCUCAAAGAUUCUACAGAACCCCGUCAACACGGAACAAUUCAUUCAAUCACACACUCCCAUGAGCGCUCUUGCCGAAUACUACAACACCGUUUUAGUUGUCGGCGGCGAGGGCUACAGGUGCCGUGAAGUUGCCGAGGAAUAUGGCUUCAAGGAUAUCGUGGUCCCCAACGACAUUGUUGCUUGGGACCCGACUAUCGCACCUUACCGAGUGUUCACUGAUGAAGAGCGAGCCUCUUCUCGGCCACGAGACUUUACCAAGACUAAUAUCGAGGCUAUCCUAGUCUUCUCCGACUCUCGAGACUACGCGACCGACAUGCAAAUCAUCAUGGAUGUACUACGCUCCGAGAAUGGUCGUCUAGGUACUAUGGCUAAGGACCCCGUCUCUCAACGCGUCCCCAUCUACUUCUCGCAGGGUGACCUGUUGUGCCCCACAGAACACUGGACACCUCGCAUGUCUCAGGGUGCAUUCCGUAUCGGUCUUGAGGCCAUGUACCGAGCCCUAACCGGAAUCGACCUUGAGCGUGUCGUUUACGGAAAGCCCGAGACUGCUACAUACAAGUACGCCGAUGAGGUUCUCGCAUCGUGGAUGGAGCAGCUCCACGGCGAGGAGAGGCUUCCAGAAAACAUCUACAUGGUCGGUGACAACCCGGCCUCUGACAUCAUUGGCGGCAACAUGUACGGAUGGAACACAUGCCUCGUCCGCACCGGUGUAUUCCAAGGUGGUGAGAACGACGAGAACAACCCAGCCAACUUCGGCGUCUUCCCCAAUGUUCUGGAAGCAGUCCAAACAGCGCUACGGAAGCAAUUGGGAGAUGACUUCAAGAUGCACUUCGACGAACGGAUCAACCCGGUUCUGCACGGCGACGGAGCCGACACAGCUGCGAUUAUUUGAUUUGGAUGAUAUCAUUUGGGAUUUAAGUGGGAAUUUUUGGUGGGGGGCGUUUUUGGAUCGGGUCUUGAUGACUUUUUCUUUUCUUUGUUGAUAUCUAGAGCUUUACGACAUCAUCAUCAUCAUCAUCAUAUUCAGCAGCAUUGACUAACGAAUUCAAGACGAACUUAGAGAUAUUGGAAGACUGACAACCCCUUGGAAAGACAUUUAGAAUUUUUUCGAAAUCUUUUUAACUUAACCGGCUUCAUGCACACGGGCUUGUGAGAGGA